AGACAGCGCACAUAAACAAAGCCGCGUUACAACUCCACACUUUGCAAAGCACUCAGCAGCACUGAAUGACAAACUCGCCGCUUACAAGACCGGACGCUGACAAGCUCCUUUUUUACCUGGGAGAUUUUUGUUUUAUUUUUUCUUUUUCGACCACUUUGUAAACUUUUGAGAAAGAAGGAAGAAGAAGGAGAAACUUUCUUAAUUCUCUCCGAUGCACCCUGUUUUUUCUACAGUACCGCUACUAUUUUCUGAGACAUUUUUUCCUUUUAUUUUCUCGACUCUUUGUGAUUACCCUGGAUGGAGAUAGGAUACUUUGUGCGAGGUUAUUACUACAUGUAAAAACGGAACCGCCACAGCAAACAGGUAAGAAAACCGAAUGAAUGAGUGUAUGAAUGAGACACACGGACUCUCAGUGGCUUUUAUCACCUGUUCACUGGUCUUGUUGUAUCCGCUCUCAAACAGACCACUUUAUGUCUUGUCUGUUGAACUUUGUGAGUUCAACCUGUUGAUAUGUUCAGUUCCAACACUCGUACCGCUGCUCACAUUUGGACCUCGUGUGUUUGUGUGUAUGUGUGUGUUUGUCUUUGUCUCCCCGGGAGCGAUUGGAGCAGAUUUUGAAUUUAAUUUGCACUGAGAAGCUAUCAUAUCCUUUCUGGUUGUCAUGGAAAUGAGAUGCCUCACAUUCACACAGUGAAUAGAGGAGUCAGACGCACUAAUGGUCUGAGUGGAGAAUAGUCUAACCUACAUUCAGACAGGAGCUGAGAGAGAAAAAGAGAGAGAGUUGAGGCUCUUUAUUUCACGCCAUGUGUUGUUUUUCCUCUCAUCAUUUAGGAUUUUCUAGGAAUGUUCUGUUAAUGAACGACUCAUAGGAUUACAUGGUGUGUGCGUCUGAGUGGGUGUGUUCACGUCAGUAUUUUGUUGACAAAUGAACACCUCGUGCUGCAUACUGCUUCUCUAUACUCUUUGGCCUCACUACGAAGUUUGAGGAGUUUCAUGAAAAUGAUCUUCAGAGCAGCUUUAAUAGGUACAGCCGGAGCAGUCGUCCAACAGGUGUCACUUCGCGAGUUUCAGCAGUCCCACUAUCUUCGGUCUGUGUAAGGACAGGGCCUUUCCUCCCAUUGAUCGCAGGAAGAAAACCCUCAGCAUUCAACACACAGCCGCGUCAAAUUUCUUGAGCCCUCCGGGGAAUAUAUCAUGAAGACAUUUCUUGACAACUGCAUUCUUAAGCAGCUGUUAUACUCGUAUAAGAAUUAACCCCUGCUGCUUUCUGCCUCCUUUCCGUCUUUCUUUCAUACUCUUGGAUCUACGCACGCACGCCAUUGCGCACGUAGAAGCUUCUGACAGUCCUCCUCUCAGGGCUGAUUUACUGUACUCACAUAUUUCUCACUUCUCUCCUUAAUGUCUUCUCUUUUCUCUGCCUCUGUUUGCUUGAAGCCUCGCGCUGUCCGGGGUUAUUGGUGCAAGGGGGCUACCGGCGCUCCGGAGCGCGUGCUUGCAGGUCUUGUUUCGUUCUCUUGGUUACCGGUGGCGCGCGGAGCCAGAGCCUCACCGACCGGCUCGGCCUGAGAAGAAAAAGCAAGAGAGGUGCCGUUUGCUCAUUUAGGUAAAAACAGAAUGAGUGUCUAUUUCAGCAGAAAGUACGAGUUAUCAAACUGUUCAUAAUCUCUCAUGUAUUCCUAAACCAAAGAGCGCAUUUACGCACAAUUACGCAUAAAACUCUCCAAGUUAAUGUAAGAAUGGAGCUAUUCAGACUUGUAUCAAAUAUCCUUUUAUAUCUUCUGCUGCUGGAGCUAACCAAUGUGAAAGGCGUAAAGGUAUUUUUUUCCCGCACUGAAAUGGCCCCACUCAAAAUUGAAUAAUGGCUGUUUCAUAUCAACUCUAAUCAAAUCAAAGAAGCACAGCCUUGUUGUUUGUUUAGUCUUGUAAUUUUUGUUUUUUAACAUAUUUGGAGGCUCUGUUAGGCAUUUCAUUUUCUUAACAAAGGACAUAUCAUGAAAAGUAACCUUAAAUGAAAGUUCAGACUUGGCUGGUUUAGAGAGGAGGGGAGUUUGGGGAAAAGUCACAGAGUGGACGAAUUCAAUAUGUUGACAAAGAUAAGAGCAGGCUGCAGGUGCCAUGAGAGGGGUUAAUAGGGGCUCCGGCAUGUCAACACACAGUAUUGAGAUGUAUAGCCAACCGGUAGAUAAAGUGGUCUCUUGACUUGAUUGUUUCUAAGAGGGUCUGUAAGUCUGGUAGAGAGAGAGGGUGUGUUUGUGUGUGUGUGAUUGGAUAUGAGAGAGUGUGUGACAGAAAGGGGGCGCUCUGGGCCUUGAAAUCUGACAGCCACAGUGCGCCCUGCUGCAGUGAGAAGGAGUUGGAGGUGCAAGGCGCACAGGAGUCCGCUGGUUUGGUUACGGGUCCGACUCUCCAACUUUCUAGAUUGGUCUCUCUUUCUGGAUGAACCCUGAGCAGGCGAACACGCUGGUGAUCAGAGGCAAGAAAAGCGAUGGGCUGGCGGCACUGGCACAUUCUGCGUUUUUAAAAGUUGUCACUUUUGUAGGUCUGUAUUUUCUGGAAUAUUAUUUUUAGUUUUAACCUGUUUGGAUUUCUCUUUGUAAAAUCAUAAUCCUAAAUUGCGGACUGAGAGACGCUGUGGUCUUAGAAUGAAACUUAUCGCCCACGUAAGCACAAGUCCUGAUAUGAGCUGAAACUCCUCAGUUGUGGUUCUUAGCAUUCCUUCUAGCACAGAUUGACUGUCAUGUCUAAUGUCUUACAUGUCUUGUGUCAGAAUUUUGUGCGUGAAACUUUCACUUAUCUUGUGUUUGUCCUGAUUUCAUGGGUAGCUUCAAUGAUUGAUUCCGAUUUAAGAACCUGUAUCUCGCUCUGCUGUGCGCACGGUGGUUUCCUUGCUCUUUCAUCUUUAUGCUUCUUUUAAUCAUAUUUACUAACUUGCUUUUUAAGAUUUUUAAACUCGUUAUAGCCUCUUGGUGAUUGAGUCAUUUUUUUCCCUCGUAUUUUUCAUGGUGGAAGCAUUUAAGACAUUUUGAGUCGAUAUUAAAAAGAAGUGUAUGAACAAGAAUUUCUGAGCAAGUUUUUGGGAGUUGCUCUUUUGAAAUGGCAAAAAAAAUCGGACUAAAUCUUAGAUUAAUAAAGAGCACACAUUAUUCUUUACUUUUUAGUGGUCGACAAGUGGUGAUGCGAAAACACAAUUAUUUAUCCCGCACGCCGCCCCUUCACUGGCUGUGAAUCUGACAUCUCUCCUCCGAACACAGGUUCGGAAGAGCGCGCCCAGCCGAGCUCGGAGCCCCGGAGAUCGGACACUUCCUCAGCGACGCCCGUCGAGUCCUCCCUGCUCCAGGAGCCCUGUCCCGGCCGCAGCCACGCCACCCCUCAACCCCGGACACCCAGCACCAUUCAGCGCGAGGCUCUUACACCAGGUACACACUUCAACUCUUCAUUUAAGUAUCAUCAAUUUUCUUUCUUUCUUUCUUUCUUUCUUUCUUUCUUUCUUUCUUUCUUUCGCCUCUGCUUUAGAGUGAAGUGUGGCUGUUGUGAGUGAGAUCCGCUGUUGUUCACCUCUUAGAGGUUUUUUGGUGUGUUAAAUUGUUGAAAAACGCACAACAACCCACAAAGUCAGUGUAGAAUCAGGGCUGACACGGAGUCUAUAUCAGAUAAGCUUUAUUUUGGGACGUUUUCCCAUCUUCACCUCAUUGACCGAAAAUUCAAUUAUAAAAAAAAAAAUAAAAUUUUAUGAACUUGCUCCUAUAAUCUUUUUUGUGGCCGCGUGAGUCUCAGCUUGUAUGCGCGUGUGUGUCUGUGUGUGGGUAUGUGUGUGUCGUGUGUUGACUGGCAAGUGCGGACGGUGUUGACAUUUCAAUCAUUAGAUAAACUAGCAGAAAUGGAAGACAUCAGGCACACCUAAGUCUACAAACUGUGCUGAAUGUACGUCAGUGACAAUGAUCCGAACAACUCGACAGCAUCUAUAAAACCUUUGUGACUAAAACUGAGCACAACCACAUUUUAGAGAUUGUUUCAGUUUAGAAAAAAAUACUACUCAGUCCUGAAUGUGAGAAAUAAUGUUACACCUCCCCGCAGUUUAAUGAAACGUCUUUGUAAAUGGAAGAGAUGAGGGUUCAUUUAUAGACAUUAAGCAAAUAUGUUUCUGUGCUUUAUGUGUGUAUUUGUGUUUGCAUUUGUAUGGAAGUGACUUUUAUGAGGCCACUGAUUUCAAAUUAUUUAUCUCAUGAAAAACUAUCCUGUGAUUUUUUUGUAUUUAUGUCUGCAACUUCAUGUUUUUAUUUGUUAGAUCUAUGGCAUUCUGACAAUGAACAAGCGCGCUCAGUUAUUGGAACAGCUGCAGUUUGUCCAGUUGAAAUGCACCCCUCGAGGUUAGCGACUGUUUCCCUUUGCUUCACUUUGCUGCACCACCUGUGUCUGACUCUGCUUGGGUUGUCUGUCCUAUUGCUUGCACAUCUACACACACAUACACACACACACACACACACACAAACACACACCUGCUUGCAUGCAUGUGAAAUGAAGGUUAAUGAUGGUGGUGGUGGAGGGCAGAAAGCUUCCUAUAGAUUUGGGGUUAAAAAUGUAGCUCAACUGAUAAUCAUAUUUGUUCUCAGAAGAGUGUGUGGAGGAGAAAAUAAGCACGCUCGUGAGCAUGGGUGUGUGUGUGUGUCACUGAGUGAUGGCUAUAGGCACACCACCAAAAAAGUAAAGCACCGGUGAGGAUGAGACAUUUGCAGAGACACAAGUGGUUUUACAGGUUCUUCUCAGGAUAAGGGUGCAUGUUAUUGGCAGGAUGAGAGUAUACAGGCUCAUGUUGACAUCUUGAACAUCUUUAGUGAUGAAAAUAUAUGUGUGGGUGUGUAUGUGUGUGUGUGUGUGUCCAUCUGUCUUUACCUGACACACACACAGACAAACAUCAUAGCCCAUACAGUGAGAAUAUUUGUUUUACAGGAUGUCUUUACCACGCUCUUUCUGUCUUUCAUCUCUUAUUAGCAGGAACAUCAAACUGAACUGAAAACCUAUUUUAUUUGAAUAUGUGUGUGUGUGUGUGGUGUGUGUGUGUAGAAAGCUGCAUUUGACAGGUGCAAAAGUCUUACACCACUCCCAUCUACACACACUCUCACACACAUAUGCACAUACACACAUUUAUGCCCAACAUUGAUCUGAGGCUUGACCUACUGACACAGCACAGAGAGCCACAAAGUUCACCACACUACUUUCUCUCUCCUUUUUUUCUCUUCGCUGGUGCUUAAUCAGUGCUUUAGGUGUAGCCCACUAAACACCCCAUGACGCCCAUAAUGCUGCAUGUGUGUUUUUCCACGUGGGUGAAAGAGCUGGUCACUUGUAGAAGAAAAAAAAAUCAAUGACGUCAAGCGUACGUAGGCCUACAGCUUGACUCAUAUCCUCAAUUUAAAAAAAAUGCACUUUGAUUUUCCUAUCGAGACUCACUGCUGUUUGCAUUGUGUGUGAUAUCAAUAAUGGUCAACUUUAAAAAUCAAUUAAAAGUAAUGGGCGAUUUUAAAAACGGGAUACACCAAGCUACUAGUUGAAAGAAAGGAUAGCUAAUUUGAUAUCUUGUGUUUGUAAAAUACAAAUACACAAAAUUAAAGUCAUAUUCUGUCAAAAAAAGAUUUUAUUUAUACUUAACUAACGCCAUAAAAUCUUGUAUUCUUAUCAUACAAUCGCAGCUGAAACUCCAACUAUCACUCAAGUUGAGAAGAAAAAAAAAGAAGCAACUUAAAUUUAUUAUUCUUUCCCCUCGAGUGACAUCCAUAUAAAUAUUCCAGUGGUGCUUGAUACUUUCAAGGCAAAAAUUCGUGAAAGUUAGUUUUGAGGGUGAGAAACAGUACAUGACUUUUUUUUUUCCACUGAACACAGUAACACGAAUAUAAUCAUUAUCACCACCCCAAGCCUAUGGAUGGUGGUAUUUGUGAGUGCUUAGACAACAGCAGGACCGAUAUGUCCCGUAUUUGAAUGGACAAACAUGACGCGUGAGGAACGGGGGCGAUUACGGCAGCGCUCGCACAGGCUGGGCGUCAAUGGGCGCAGCACAGUGUUGACAGUUCCGCGCUCGAGAGCGACGAGCAAACACCACAAAACCCCGGCUGCGCUCAUGACACCCAUGACUGAUCAGCCCGCACACACUCACCCCAAGCACACGCGCGCCCACUGGGCUCACACUCUCACAUACAUAUGCGAGGGUUACGCACGCAAGCAGGCGCAGGUGGAAUGAAUUGCGCAAUGGGUUUGGUGGGACGUAUAAUGCACGCGCUGCAGUGAUUGUAACUGAAUUAACUUUGGAGGAAAAAUUCAAGACAUACCGACUGGCGUCUGCAGCAGUUAGAGGAAAUAUCUGUGUGUGUGUGUGUGUGUGUGUGUGUGUGUGUGUGUGUGUGUGUGUGUGUGUGUGUGUGUGUCUGCAAGAAGCAUCCAGCACCACCAUGGGGUUCCAUUAUUGUUUAAUGUUAUCUCAUCUGCUUUGCCAUCUGACUGACCAGAGUCCUGACACACACACACACACACACACACACACACACACACACACACACACACACACACACACACACACACACACACACAGACUACAUGCACUCAUACAUUUGUCACAAGCAUUUCAGCUUGCAGAGUGGAUUGGAUCUUCGCUUUGACUGCUUGGCCUCAGAAUAGCGCACGGAUUGGAUGCAGUUUCUCUAACUGAACUAACUGUGGGAGUCUGAGGCUGUGUGUGCGUGCUCCAAAAAUCUCUACUCUUAUUCAGUGAAGAGCAAGAAGUGUUGAAGCAGGAAAUUGAGUAAAUGCUAGCAAAUGGAAAGAAUUGUUCAAAGUUUUCAUGUAGACCUUGAAAGGUGCAUUCGGAAAAAGUUUUAUGACAUUGCAAAAUCCCUGACGACUUUAAAAAACCUAAAAACUGCCUGUUCCAAUAGAGCUGUGCAGAAAUAUUUCACUGUCUAAUUGUCGACCCUGUUUGGCACGAUCCUUGUGUGCAUGAGCCUCCAGCAGAGUCUGCCUGAUUCCUGUAGAUUUACUGUUGGGUUGUUCCUGUGUCCUUGUUCUUUAAGUGCUGCUUUUCUGUUUUAAAUCAGUGGUUAACUAAUAGGUCAAUAAACUUUCUCACUGACUAAUGAUUGUUGCUGUACGGCCGUACUCCACUAACAAGUAUAAAAAUGCUUUUUGAUUGAAAUGUCUGUUUCUGAUGUUCCACUCAGCUCUAAUAUAUAUAUGUGUGUGUGUGCUCUGUGUCCCUGGCAGACAUGCCCUGUGUGCAGGCUCAGUAUGGGCCCGCCCCUCCAGGCUCAGCCUACUCUGGCCAGUCCUUCAGUUACCAGGGCGAUAGCUACAGCUCUGACCUCAUGUCCUCUGACUACACCAAGCUGGACCUUGGCGGCGGUGACAUCUCUGCUGCAGCAGUGACCACCUCCCUCCCGAGCUUCAACGUGUUCGUGGAGGGGAGCUACGAGCCCAAGUCGUCUUGCCUCUAUCAGAUGCCUCCUCACAGGCCGACCAUAAAGAAGGAGGAGGAGAGCUACCCGACUGCUCCGCCUCUGGAGGCCAUGUCCUCAUCCACCAUGUACUUUAAACAGUCCCCACCCUCCACCCCGACAACCCCAUCUUUGCCACCUCAGCCUGGCACCUCCUUCCUCUGGGAGGAGCACCCCUUGGCCCCACCAUCACACACCCACUCUCUGGGCUCCAGCUUGGAGGGUGGCCCCCUAAAGUCACCCCGCUUUCCACACUUCUACCAGCAUUCACCACCCCACAGCGGCAGCAGCGUGGGUGGCUAUGAGAGUCUGGGAGGAGGACUGGUUCGCACCUCAUCCUCUUCUUCAUCCUCCUCAUCCUCAGUUUCUCAUCCCCACGGCCCGCCCCUGGAGCAGCCCAUGUACCAGCUGCACCGCGGGGCUGGGGGCAGCAGCCUCGCCUUCCGCUCUCUGGCUCUCGGGCCUUGUGGUCCCCUGCUGGGAGACAGCCUGCCCUCACCUCCUCCACGUGGCCCCCCGGGUGAGGGCACCUGCGCAGUGUGUGGAGACAACGCAGCCUGCCAGCACUACGGCGUACGCACCUGUGAGGGCUGCAAGGGCUUCUUUAAGGUAAAAACCCUUUAAAGAUUCUGAGAUAUGUUGUCAACGGUUCAGCUGACCUUUGAAAGAGCUUAAAAUGCAGAAAGUCUUGCGUGAAAAUGGAAGUUUUACAGUUCUCAGUCCUGUUGUUUCUAACUUCUGUUCAUCCAGUCCCACAAAUGGACACGCUUUCAGAUGCACACACUCAUUUGUUGUGACAGUCCCCCUUAGAAUAUCACCGGUUAUCGGCGGUCUAGCUGCAUGUGAUCAAUUUUGUUCCACUUGUGACGCUCCCACUCUGCACCCUUUGCCACACUCUGUAAAUCAAAUGUAAAGUCAUUAUGAAAGCUUAGCACAUCUACAAAGAUCGUCUCUUCCAGCACCCAAGCAUUCAGAGUGUGUGUAAAGUACGGCCUGUAUGAGUGUGUGUGUGUGUGUGUGUGUGUGUGUGUGUGUGUGUGUAAGACCACACGAUGACAAAACUCAUUCUGUCGCAGACAAACAGGGAAACUGUCCCACAUGAAAAGGAAGUCCUUUAAAAUCAAAGAUCCCUCACAGCUUGUCGAUGAACUCUGAAUCAGCAGCCACAAUAGUGACUUCAGUUCACUUACACAAUACUCAGCAAGAAAUGACUCAGAUUUGGUCCAUCACAUGAUUCAAUCUAACACUUUUCACAUCCCAUUUACCACACAUGAGCUCUCACACACGCUUACACACACACAGUUCAACAAUUAACAUCCUGCAAAGACAGUUUUUAGUCACACAGAUUUCUCAUUUUUACAAAACAGAAACAUCGCAACAAACUUGCAUGUGGUAUAAAGCCUCAUUCAUAAUUCAGUGAAUUUACACUCAGCAACGGUGAAGCAAUGUCUCUGCACAUUUUGAAUUUCAAUGUUUUUUGACACGUCAAACUUUUUAUUGACGGGAUGAUACGAGGAGGUAAAAUGAAGAGACAACAAAAAGGAGGAUGCAAACACAGAGGUAAUUGAAUAAUGCCUCUGGUAGGUGGAAAUGAAUUAUCCUUGCUUUCAAUUAGUUUCACAAUUUGUUUUUAUUUAGUAAUUAAUAACAGCAACGUCUGGUGGCAGCAGGCCGCAGGCUGUCUGUUCGCUGCAGCACUCGACAGCCACACAGCCUGUCAGACCUCACUAUGUUUCCUUUGCUCACACAUGCAGAUGCAACCAACUAUGCACACAUAUCAUCUGCACACAACCACAUAUUCAUACAGAAGCAUGAGCAUGUUUGUGAGUGUGUUUAAUCCAGGAUGCAGCAUUGAAAAACUGAGCCAUUCUUCCCAAACACCUGCUCUUUUUUCAUAUUCAUAUAAUCAGGUCCAUUACUUCCAUUAUUCUGCUGGUUUUAUUGUGCCCUUAAAAUAUGUUCCUGAUUAUAUUUGAUUAUCCCUGAAUAGUUAUUACACAUUAAACCAUUGUAGCGGCUUGCUGUAAAUUAAUCUUAUUUCAUUAGUGCAAUUUGAGACACAUUUUCACAGUGAAUUAAUUUGAACUCUUAAACCAAUUUCUUCAGUUUUCAUUAUUUUGUCCAAAUAAUGUAGUCCAUUCCCUGGUUUCCAUUAAUUGGUUGAAACUAUUUAAAAUUUGAAAGUUGACAUAAAAAUCAACCCGAUGUUGAAAAAAAUAAACAUGCUACAACUUAAUAAAGAGAAUAUUCAUAUUAUUCUGUUUUAUACACUCACUCUCCUCAGCACAGAAGUUACGUUUGCUGUGCUGUUUUUCAGGGAACACUCUGGGUCAGCUCAGUUCAUUGAACACCGUUUUUAUUUUCCAUGGCUUGCACAGCAUGCAAGUCAUAGAAAGGUUGAAAGGUGCAUCGAUGUUAGAGGUAAGGGAAACUUGAAAACAGUUUGGGUAAAAAAAAUACACAAAACCCCAUCACCUCAGAGCAAAUGUGAUAAAAUGCAAUCAAGUCAAGACAUAUGAGGACAUUAAGACAUCAAGAUAUCACCAUGUAGAAAGCAAUAAAAUCAGCUCACACAUGUUUUUACUAUGAAUUUCCAAGCACUUUGUCUACAGAGAGAGAGAGAGAAAGAGAGAGUGAGGAAUGAUUGCCUCUUCUUUGUGCAUACAGGAGAUGAGGAGGCAGAGGGAGGAGAAGGGGGAACACGGUUCCCUAAAGGCUUUUAAUUUAAGCUGGGGCUAUUAGCACAUGUUACUUGUCAGAGAAUCUGCCUCUGCAUGCCUCUCCAUGCAGCCCCCACAAAACCCCCAGCUUCUGCAUUGGUGUGUGAGUGUGUGUGUGUUCAUUUUUUAGAGGGCCUUAUAUGGAUAUAGAAUGUCAGACUAUUCUCUUUGUCUCCAUUUCAAACUUAAUCUGUAGCUUAGAUUCAAUUUUUGUCAACACAGACAUCAACUUUAAUCCAAAUUUCCAUUUUCUCAAAAAACUCAAGACAGAUUAGAUUAUUCAACCAGAGAAAGAACAUCCUCGCACAUGCUCAUACACUCCUAAAGACUCGCUCAUACAUACAUGUGGGCAAUGAACAGAGCACAAGACAGAUCUACAGAUUUGUUAACCAUGUUGGGAUAAUUGAAUCUGUUUGUAUGGAGUUUGUGUGUGUGUGUGUGUGUGUGUGUGUGUGUGUGUGUGUGUGUGUGUGUGUGUGUGUGUGUGUGUGUGUGUGUGUGUGUGUGUGUGUGGGCAUAUAGGAAGCUUCCCCUUGAUGAGUAUCAGAGCUCUGAUAUAUGCAGUCGCCAGUCAUGCUCCACGCUGCUCAUUAGAAAGCAAUGUCACAAGAGAAACACAUGCACGCACAUAAACACACAUAAGAAAGCACACACACACACACACACACACACACAAAAGCAGGAGACAGGCCUGCAGAGCUUCAUUUUCAGAACCUUAAUUGAUCGUUUGAAAGAAAGGCUUUUUGGAAGCAGCUAUCUCAUAAAUGAGGCCCUGAGGUCAAAGAGUGGAAGAACUUCCCCUCUAUUUACCACCAAGGUCCACUCAGCUUAUACUCUUUUACCUUCUGUCUCUGCAGGAAUGAAAAAUAAACUCUCACCACAUAAGAGAGAAGUUUCACAAUCAUAUAAAAAAGUAAUCUAUUUCUUUAAAGUUUACAGAACUUUGCUGUUAUGUGUAAGAGGCAGACUCUGCAAACAUCUUAAACUUUGUUCUGGCUUUGGUGCCCCGGAGUUGUGGAGGUGUAAAGAGACAUUGGCAUGUUUUAGCUCGGUGCGUCAUGCAGCUUUGGACUCUCACUUAACGGAUGCUGUUUUCCCUCAACCACAUUAAUGACCAUAACUAACUUAUCCCCGCGCGCACGGGUCACUGACCAUUGAAGGGAUGAGAGGAAGAAGACAUACACGGCGAUCUUCGGUACCAUGGCAACACUCGCAUCCGGCACUGGCGCCCAUUACGCGCUAGUUCCGCGCUCGCGCCGGAGCAUAUGGAAUAAUUGGUGUGUUAUUGGUCUCCUGGGGGCACGGGCAUGUGUGGCGCGAGGGGUUCCUAAUUGGAUUUAUUUGUUUUGAUGUGUUUUAGAAGCAUUAAAGAAGAAGAGAAGCCGCGACACUUUCUGGGGGUUCCGUUUACAGUGUGCUCGGUGGAGUCAGGCGUUGACAGCACACAAAUUUAAACUCUUUGACCAAAUUAUUAUUUUAAAGAUGCCGUUUUGUGGUAAAAACCCGCCAAAGGCUUGCCCAACAGUUGAAAUAUUCGUGUCAAAGACGUCUGUUGAUGGGGAAUGAUGAUCUGACCUUCCCCAAAUCCUGCACACAUACUUUGAAGUGUUUGAAAAUCUCACAGCAGCCAGUGUCUGACUCUGAAAGAAACUUUUCACCGACUCUUCACUUAUCCCACCUUCAGAAAAGCACUUCUUUACACUCCUUUUCAGCCCACAGCACUCGGGUUUGCUCCAUUGACGCGCACUUGAGAGACUGCCGCCUCUGUUAUCAGUGCUUUUAUCUACGCGGGAUCGCACCAGCCCCCCACGUGGCCCGUUUCUGAUUUCAUUUUAAUAAGGUCAGUAAUAAUCGCGCGAGCCAGCCGAGGAGAAAACAGCUCCCGCGGGGCCAGUUGAGUGAGGCGCCAUGCGCGCGGCCCCCGAGGUGCCACGAGCUGACCCGCGAGCUUCACAAACAAUCUGAUCAGGCAGCUCUUGCGGACGCUCUUCCCCCUGUCUCGCGGGACCCGCUUCGGCACGCCAUGCGCUCGGUCCCCCCCAUUGUCAGCCCCGGCGCUAAUAAAAUUGUCCCUCCUGCAGGCGAGGCUUGUUGGGAAAUUAAUUUUAUCUAAUUAUACUGAUGUCACCGCCGCCUUUCAGCGCGUAAUUAAAAUCUGACCUGCGAGCUUCUGCUCUCGGUCUUUGAUGGGGAAGGAAAAAACAGAAAUUGAAUUAAACAAAUCAAAUAUUAGGUGGAUGAUUGUUUUCGGAGGCUGAUUAUCGGCGUGCUUUUUCCCCCCUCUCUCCUCAGCGCACUGUGCAGAAAAACGCGAAGUAUGUGUGUCUAGCCAGUAAGAACUGCCCUGUGGACAAGAGGAGACGCAACCGCUGCCAGUACUGCCGCUUCCAGAAGUGUCUGAGUGUGGGCAUGGUGAAAGAAGGUAAGAGGGGCGAGGUGAAAUGACUGCUGAUACUUAAUGUAAGUUUCAGGUGAACGGACCUGACGGGGCAGCACCACGCUCAUUCAUGCCCGUGGUAGUGGAGAGAGAAAGCAGUAGCAGUAGUUAGUUCCCAUCAGUUUUAACAGAGCAGACUGAAAAUGAAUGAUUUGGAGAUUUGAAACUGACACUAAGGUGUGUCCAUCCUGCUCAGAGACGCUCACACUUUUCAUCUCCCUGAUGUUCCUCACCUGUCUCACACACUCAUACAAAGCUCUCACAGCACACACACUUCUCUUCCUGAUAGCACAUGUAUGCAGCAGACAGAACAGUUCCACUGCCAUCUGCUGGCUAAUUUCCUUCUGUGUCAGAUUGUAGGAAACACAGGGAGAGAUCUUGAAUCAUUUUUGCUACCAUAAAAAGAUACAGAUAACAAGGAAUAGGAGAUCUUUCAGCAUGCUCCAUAGAUACACCCAGCUCCUAACAUAACAACAACCCCAUCGUGGCCUGUUGUCAGCUUCUGUUUUCUGGUUCACAGUGGUGCGCACUGAUAGCUUGAAGGGGCGCCGAGGCCGUCUGCCUUCCAAACCAAAGAGCCCUCUGCAGACGGAAGCAUCUCCUCCUUCUCCACCCCUCAGCCUGCUGUCUGCUCUGCUCAGGGCUUACUCACACUGCACGCCCCGGGACCUCGACUACAGCCAGGUACCCCACAACCUCAGUUUAAAAUGCUUGAGUACACUGACAAUGUUUUUUUUGGAUCUUUAAUAAGUCCUGUUCUCCAUCUCCUCUCCACAGUUCAGUGCUGCAGACCCUCCUUCCUCUUCCUCUGAUGCAGAGCACAUCCAGCUCUUCUACAGGCUGCUCACCGUCUCGAUGGAGACCACCAAAUGCUGGGCUGACCGGCUGCCUGGGUUCUCCGAGCUUCAGCGUGAGGAUCAGAACGUGCUUAUAGACUCUGCCUUCCUGGAGCUGUUUGUAUUACGACUUGCUCACAGGUGAGACAGAAGAAGUUUCAGAGUGUUUUAGAAGGACAAAGAUUUUUAUUUUCUCCACUUUAUGCACACAUCUUUGCUAUUUUGAUCACUUGUUCCAAACACACUUACAACCUAACUUCAAACAAACAGUAGCUCAAGUCUUUUACAGUUACAUCUCCGAGUUUAACUGUGCCAGCCGAACUUGCGUGCUGCUGUGUUGGUGUAUCUCCAGAGUAGGAGGAGUGGAGCUGAGUAAUCGCCAUAUGAACCAAAAUUAUGAAUGGAGUCUGUAGCUAUGACAGCAGCUACACCCACAGAGUUCCGCUCUGCUCCGUUCGUCUGAUAUCUGACGCACAGAGAGCUCUGUGUGUGUUCUGCAGGCUAAAACUGUGCUAACAUUGUGAACUGUGAAUUGACAGAAUCAAUUCCAUCUAAAAGCCGGUCAGCUGACGGGCUGAAAAGGGCCGUUAUGAGAGGAAAUACAUUCUUAAUUCAGCUGACUGGAAUAAAAAGGGAAUUGACUUCAUUUACCUCAUGUGUCUAGUGAUGUGUGCGCAUGUUUGAGUAAGUGUGUGUCUUGCUCGUGGAUACCUGUGGUGCCAUUAUGACUGCCAGUGCCCAUCUUUGCCUCACUAUCACCCCAAGUUACCAGCCUGCUCUUGUAAGGCAUGCAGCCGGUUAAAUUUAUGAAAGAGAGGGGGGCUGGGGUUACAAGCUCAUUCUUUUGUCUGCGCUGUUGUCCAGGGCAGAAAACCAACACAGUCACACACACAUAAGCACACUUACUCACACACACACACGCACACUGAUGAUGUAGAGUCCCAACUUUCAGUCCUCCUCCCAGUAUAGGUCCAGGUGCAGGGUGGGUAGAGGAUUGGGUGGUGGCAUCACAGUCCCAGCAGGAGAAGGACUCUGACUCACGCUAAACUGUGGACUAGGAUUGGGUUUUUAUCAAACACAGGCACACACAUACACACACAUACAGACUCUGCUCUUCUUCCCAUCGGCCAAACUCCCACAGCACCGAGUAAAAACACACAAACGCAGCACUGUCUUUCUUUGUCCAUCCUCCGUGAGAGCAGACGGAUGCAGUCCACACUCACAUCCCAUUGUUGAUGCAGCCCCUCGUUGACCCUGUAUUGAACCCAGAUGCCUUGUAGACCCCUAUGCUAGUGUACGUCUGCAUGUGUCUGCAUGUGUGUUUGUGUGUUUGUGCGUGUAUGCUCAGUGUGUGCAAAGUAAAUUUGCUCCGCUCUUGUGGGCCUACAUUGCCCUAAGCACCCCGUUACCACCCAGUUUCUGUGGUUAUUGGUUGAUUACCGUGGUGACAGUGUAGUCUGGGGUGAGGGGAAUGUGUGGCAGACAUCCAGCUGUGUGUUUGUGCGUGUGCAUGCAUGUGUCUCCCUGUCUGUCUCUCUGUCUGUGUGGUUUGCAAUUGGACACUCAGGGCUUUGAAUUGUUUGUUGGACUGCAAAGUGCACAAGUGGACAAUUAACCUAAUGAAGACAAAAGUAAUUUUUUUGCAGCCAAGAAUUCAGCUUCAAUUUUGUAAUAAUAAUGAAUUUCAUCAUAUUAAGUUUUAAAAAUUAAUUGUUUGCUUCAUUUUGGUAUGAUUAAAAUGGAUGCAAAAAAAAGUUACAAAAGUAAAGGUGCAAACCCAUCCAGACUGCAAGCUUUUAUAGCAGAAAAUGUAAGGUCUAAAGAGCCAUAACCAGCAUAGAACUAUCUCAAAGUGAAGACAGGUUCCUUACCCUAAACAAACAUCACGUUAAAUCCUUUUGGAAAAUUGAAAAUUGCUCAGAGUAACUGUUUAUUGGGUUGACGUGAGCAUCUCUGUGCAUGUGUUCUAGACACAACAACUAGACAUAGAUUUACUUCAUUCUGUCCUCAUGACAAAUGAACGGGGCAUAAUCCUGGGCUUCACAGUCUGAUUUUACUUCCUUCAACCUUUUGAUGUCUUCUCGUCAUCUACCAGCUUAACAUGCGACCGCCGGACUACUUUUGGCACUAUUACUGAUUAGUCAGAGCUUUCCCUCCUUCUCUGCUCAGUGGUAAAGGAGCGGGAUGUUGCGUGUCGUGAGUAGCUGAUGGUUAAAUACAUCUGAGAAGACUUUUCAUUUCCUCAUUAAGGCUUUGUGUUUCCACUGCACACCACAGCCUGGGCACAUUAAAGUCACAGCUUACCUAUCUGCGAACAGAUACACACACAAACACAACAAGCAACCCCAUGCCUUAACCCUUCACCCCCCAUCCUCCCUUAAAAGGAAACACAGGAAUGUUUUUAAGUGCUAUAAUUUGGAAAACACAACUUUAAUCAGCUGCAUGCCUGUGUUUGAUGUGUGUCCUGAUUGUGUGCAUGCACAUACUGCCAAGUUUUCUCAUCGUUUUUAUUGUAAUUGUUUCCUUGCCCUGGCAUCUCAAGCUAUAUUUACAAUACAUGAGGGAAAACACAGUGUUUCAUUUGAGGAGUGGUCUAACAGAAUCUCCCUUUUCUCUGUGUCUCAGGUCCAUGCUGUCAGAGGACAAACUCGUGUUCUGUAACGGCUUGGUGCUGCACAGGUUCCAGUGCCUUCGAGGGUUUGGGGAAUGGCUGGACUCCAUCCGGGACUUCACCACUCAUCUCCAGAGCCUAAACCUGGAUGCUUCUGCCUUCGCCUGCCUGGCUGCACUCGUACUGCUCACAGGUAAAAACUCAAAUCAGUCGCUUCAGCUAACAGAUACAAAAGAUGAUCAUUCACAUCGCAACCAAGCAAUCACAUGUAGUGCUUUUGUGUGGAUGUAUGGGAGCAAAUCUACCAAAAUAUAGAGACCUUCUUUCCCUCCUCUGAAGCUGUAUGGGGGGUCAAUUGAAUGUGACAGAGAUCAGGUGGACUCAUCCACUGACGUCACACAUGUGCUGAAAGACUCACAUGUUCUCACACUUCUCUGUCUAAAACAAGAACUCGAUACCCAGCAGCACCUGCUGCACCUGCCACACACCUGGCCCUGUCAUCAGCAUGAAUUUGUGAAAAAUGGAAGCAGGGCCACAGCUUUCUGUGCAAAACACGCCUGAGAUGACCCCAAAGUUUUUGCUGUAGCGAAUUAGAAACACAUUUUAUACAGUCAGUCACAAAAGUAACUCAAGGAUGCAGAAACAGUUACGUGUUCACAUUUUUCACACAUCAGAGUCAGAAGAAAUUGUAUAUAAAGGUCAAAUGGGUACAUUUCUUCUCCCUCUAAGCCCGGCUUCCUUACCUCACCCUCGCUACUUCCUCCACCACCUCCUCCUCCUCCACUGCCUUCCUCUGUCUAAGCCCUCCAACCCCAUCCUCACUCUCCGGGGGAGCACUUAACUCUGUGCCUGAUCGACCAGCCCACCGUGGAGUGCAGCUCUGGAAUGGCGUCUAUGCUGUUCUCAGUGGCGCUCUACCACCUCGGCAAAGCACACAACGCGCCGCCAUGACAGAGCCACCAGAGCCACCGGGCGAUCGACUGAUUUUCAGAGUGGCCUGUGCAGAAAGGCAGCCAUCGAUCCCUCCCUGGGAAGCCCGCGCAUAGAGAGAAAGAAGGGAUAGAGAGAGCGUAGAGAGAGAGAGAGAGUGUGUGAGGGCUCUGAAAGCGGCAGUGUAAGGAGGGCUGGAGUGAUUCUGCUGCAGCAAACACAGAACAAACAAAAGAGGCACAUAAACAAACAAUAAAUAAGCUUCAGAUAAUGGAUACCUCAAAGUGAGACUGGUCUUAGUGACAGCCUCCCUGCCGCACCCACCGACCUGUGAGUGUGUGUCCUUGUGUGAGUAUGUAUAUGAAGCGUGUGUGUGUGUGCAGCUGGACACCUUGUUCCCUGCAGAAUGAGUUAGUGUCACAUUAAGCCUAGUGCAGGUGCCACUGGAGUUGCUAUGGGCAGCAGAGUGUGUGUGUGUCCAUGUGUGUGUGUGUGUUCGUGUGUGUGUUUAAUUUCAUUUGGCUGCUCACAGGGCCGAAUAAUCAGCUAAUUGUUGAGCACUUUUGUGGCUGUCAAUGUCUUAAAUUGCUGGAACAAUUUGUAUGUCUGUGUGCGCCUGUGCAAAUGUUUAUAUAUGUGUGUGGGUGCACAGUGUGAAGAAGGCUUAUUAGGUUAGACUGUGUAUUGAUCUGUAGUGAGUGAGACAGGUUAAGGCCUGUUAAAGACAUUAGCCAUACAGGGUAAUGAGGUGGAAUUCAAUAUAAAAGAAGAUGUAGCUAAUGCUCUCUCGGCUGAAUGAGCACUGAUGUAUUUGUCUGUGUGAGUUUCUUUUUUUCCUUUGACCAUAUUUUUUUUCUGUUGAAUUAAUUAUCCGCCUAAUACCCCUGCUUCUGUCUGUCCACAGAGCAAGUCCCAGGUCUGAAAGACUCAAAGCGUGUGGAGGAGUUGCAGAAUAAGGUGAUUUGUUGCCUCAGAGACCACCUGGGCUGCAGCCCUUCCUCCUCCUCGUCCAAGGCCACGCCCCCUCUUAGUCGCAUUCUGGGAUUAAGGGCAGAACUUCGUUCCCAAAGGACCCAGGGCCUUCAAAGGAUCUUCUACCUGAAGCUAGAGGACCUGGUACCGCCCCCUCCCUUGAUUGACAGGUUCUUGGACACUCUGCCCUACUGAAGGGCCAUGAACUGACCAAACAGAGAAAAAAUAACGUAAUGUCCUGUCCCCGCUCUCGCAGGAGCACGCACACACACCCAGAGGAGAGACUCACUUUCCUCUGGCUGAUGCAGAGCAGAGAGAGCCAAUCCAAUGCUUUUCACUCAACAGGACAACCUAUGUAGAACGGCUUUCACUCAAACAGGCAAACCUACUAAAUGCUUUUCACCAGUAUAAGAGACAAUUACUCAAAUGCUUUAUUACUUUUUAUGUCAUCCUCCUGAUUUCCUCAUGUGGGGGGUGUAUGACCAGGCUGAGAUGGACUGUGGAAAGAAAACUGACUUUUUACCGUCCUCUCUCCUGCUGGGUGUCGGCUCACCCAGCAAAAAAAGGAAGAACACAGCGGUUUAUGAGCCCUGUCUAUCUGUGUUCAUGCAGUCUGAGGACUUCUGUUGAGGGUGGGAUCGAGUGUUUUUUUUUAACCUGAAGACGUCCCAGUGAAGCACGAGUCACUGUGUAUUCUAGUUCCUCUUAAAAGAGAAGGAAGAGUAGGGCGUUUACACACUGAAAGGUCAGAGGUCAUACAGCAUAGAUGAGCAGAAACAGAUAUUUCAUAAACACAUGGAAGUGGCUGUUGAGUUGGGCUCUUGAUUCCAAGUGCAAUUUCUUAAGUGCUAUCUCACAACAAAAAGGAAUAGACGGAGAAGGAACGGUUUAAUUUCAAACUCUAAAUUAUUUUAAUAUAAAGUCCUGUACUGUUGGUAGCUAAAACAAAGACAGACAGUCUCCACCUGGCUUUAGGAAGCAGAGGAGAUACUGCACUAACCAUUGAUGACUGAGUCACCCAGACUUGAACUUGCUGUAGUAUGUUUUUUUUUUUUUAUUAAUAACUCAUUUUGAAAUCAUAGGUCCAGUAGGAGUACAGAAGGUUGAACAUGGACAGAAAUUUGCUUUUGAAGCACUUAUACCCUGAGAAGGGCUAGAAGCACAGACACACACUCGACCUGCUCCCCUGGCAGACGGCGGGUGAGUCGGGGGGAGAGUAGGGUGCUCGACAAAUAGCUGUAUGUCCAGGGGUGAAACAUUCCGCAGUCAUGCUCUUUUUCUAUUUGUUUCUAUUGUGAUUGGAGGCCGUGUAAGAGUGUGGAGGACAACCUGUCUUUGUGUGUAUGCUUAAAGAAGCCAGGAUCAUAUGCAUGGUGUGUCAUAAGAGCUGCCAUAGCCUGUUGAAACAGUUCGACCUGUGUUUGUGUUCCAGACUGUGGCUCCAUUUGGGGAUCUCCCCAUGCCUCCACCACCCACUUACACACUCACGGCAGCAGUUUGAUAUAUGAAAAAAGCAAAUUAUAUAGAUAUAAAUAUAAAUAUAAAUAUAUAUAUACAAAACUAAUAUUUUGAAGUGUUUUUAGCUUUUUCAAAUAUUGUGGUACGAGUUGUGCAUUGUUUUUUGAAGAAGAGAAACAAAAAAAGAAAAAAAGUUGCUGUUUUUUUUUUUCAAUGUCCGUCUUUGGCUUGAGUUCCCUGUUCGAUUAUUAUUUUUUUCUUCCUCUUUGGUUCACUGGAUUUUCUGUUCAGCACUUUGAAAUUAUAAACUAGUUCUGAUUAUUCUGCC